AUUUACUGGUAAAGCCAUAAAUCACAACCACACGUGCCAUAAGUCGGAAAUAAUAAAAACUGAGCAAAUUGGUUUCAUUUUGUGGCAUAUGAUAUAUUAACUGUAAAAGUAAAAAAAAAUUCAUUACACUUCAAACAACAUACAUUUAACCAUGAAGUUUACAGAAAUUGAGAGCCAACAGAAAAGAAAGACAAGUAAGCCAAUGACAGAAAGACGUCGACGUGAACGUAUCAAUAAUAGUCUGAUGCAACUGAAAAGUUUAGUUUUACGAGAUACUAACAAAGAGGAACACGUCAAGAUGGAAAAAGCAGACAUCAUGGAUAUGGCUGUCAGAUAUAUCGAGGACCAUCAGCAAAGACAAAUUGCAGAAGAUCAAGAAAGACAACAGCUAACUGUCCAUAGUUUUCUUCAAGGCUACACAACAUGCAUCCACGAAGUAUCUAGACACCAGAGUAUCCAUGGUUACAGCAACGAGAUCGUGUCCAGUCUUUCCAAUCAUCUAUCAUCGACCCUAACUGCCAUGUCACCAGUGUUUCCUCAGCAGACCUUAAUGACGAGUGCCGUUAAUACUCUACCAGGUUUUCCAUUUUCUCGACCAGAGUCACGUGCCUCAACCGUCAGCGACGACAGAUUUGCCGCGAGCACUCCAAACAGCUUCUACUCAGCAGACAGCAACACGUGCCAACAGUUAUCACCCGCUUUCAGUAGUAACACCUGGUACAACACAUCACCAAUCGUUAACAUGUCCUACAGUCACAGCAAAAGACCGUCAUCUCUUUCUCCGUCCGCUCCCUACUUAUGGCCUGUUGACCUCACUUGUAACGACUCAGGUUUCCAUGGUUCACCAGUUGUCCAGUCUCCUGCCAACCAAGCACCACAGACUUCAGUAUGGCGGCCAUUUUGAUGUUUAACAAUUACUCUAGAAUCUGUUAUGACAUUUCAUUGUAUAUUUGGUGCAAAUUUUAAAUUGUA